AUGCUAACUAAUUUUGGAUCAUUUCCUAUUCAAAAUCUUCCCCCAGAAUCAAAAACUACCUUCCUUAGCAUUCUCGCUGGACUCUCGUUACUGGUAACUGCUGGCAUUGCCACUUAUUCAAAUGGAAAAAAAUUCAAAAAAUUUCAAAAUUACGCUUUAAAUUUAGAAUCUCAAAUAAAUUCUUUGCUCAUAACGCAAACUUUACGCGCCGACCAAAAUUUUGAGGAUAUGGGGGCGCAAAAUUUAGCUGCGGGUGCAUUGAAAGGAAAAGGACGAAUUGCUUUAAAUCCACUUGUUUUUUAUUCGAAAGAAAAAAUGGAAUUGGUUACAAUAUUACAUGUAGGAGAAGAUAUGUGUGGACAUAGUGGAAUUGUACACGGAGGAUAUUUAUCUACAAUAAUGGAUGAAUUGCUCGCAAGAACCGUUUUCCCUUCAUUACCAGAAAAAAAUGGUGCAACGGCUUAUCUACAUGUAAAUUUUCGUAAACCUUGUAAAACCGAUCAGAUAUUAAUCGGCCGAGCAAAAGUUACCAAAAUUGAACGUAAAAAAGGGUUCGUGAAAGGCAGUUUGGAAACUUUGGAUAAUGAAAUAUUAGUUGAUGGUGAUGCUUUGUUUAUCAGUGUUAAGAAGUUAUAA